UUUUUAUUUGCGAGUGCGAUAUUAAAUAUGGAAAGUAAAAAGGAAAAGAAACAAGAAAAACUGAAAAAAACAGAAAAAGUAAUAUCCGAUCCACAUCGCGAAUAUUUGGAUAUGGAUACCGAUGAGGAAGGCCAUGAACGACGAGAAACUUCCGAGAGUGAAUAUGAGACUUCUCCGGAACCAGAAAAUCCUAUUUAUACGGAGCAAGAACUGAUAACACUAGUACAAUACGUAAAGGAUUUGACAGUACUUUCUCAUCUUAAAGAAUCGGAUUGGAACGAAAGCUGCUACGAAGUUAUACGAGAAUAUUUUCAAUGCGUAUCUCAUACUAUAUUGAUUAUAUUUUUCAAUCGAAAUAAAUUGAUGGCAUCUUUGAAUCUGUCCGAUUGCAAGGAAGUAGAUCUUAUGUAUUUUUUAAGAUCACCAUUACAAAUCUAUACAACUGAUAAUUUUCUCAAAACUAUUUUCUGUGGGAACAUUAACGAAGAUAAAACAAAAUCGUUUUUUAAGUUUCUACAAAAUAUAUACGCUCCUGUUGCUUUAAAUAGUAACGAGUGGCCAGAAAUUAUACAGAAUGAUCUCUAUUUGAACUUACACAAUCUUUUAAUGAUUUUAAAUGAGCAACUUUGUAAAUCAAUAAAUCGAACGAUUUUGUAUGUACCAAGAGAACGUUUACCUGAAUUACGUGGAUUUCGAUUAUUUUAUGAGCAUGAUUCUGUAAUUAGAGAAGAAAAAAAUACUGUCAUACAAAUGCAAGAAUUUCAUAUAAAAGAAUUAAUUGGAAGAUUGGAAAAGAUAGUCAGAUGUUGGAUAAAACAAAUACAUGCGGCUUUAACUUCUACGGUUAUUAGAAAAAAUAUCGAAAGUAUAAUGGAUGAAUGUAAUCAUUGGAAAAAUAUUUAUGAUAAUUUAAAUUCUUUAAAUAAUCAAUUAUCGAACAAUGAAGUCCAAGCUAUUAUCCAAUUAUUAAAAAAUAUGAAUUCAUCUAGUGUAGAAUCAUUUCCAAUAUUUAUUAGAAAACUGCAGGAAGCAUUGAUGGAAUCUUCAUCAAAUUUAAUAUACUUAAACAUUUUAUCUGAAUAUUGUACAAAUUUAUGUAUCUCGGAUAAUAUAGAAGUUAACGUGACGAAGAUAUUACUCCUGAUACUACUCAUUUGGAUGGAAUCACCUUUUUAUAGUAUAACAAAUAAUAUAGGGUCCCUUUGUCGAGCAUUAAGUACUCAAUUAAUAUCUCAAUGUCAAAGAUAUAUAGAUAUAGAAACUGCAAUUAAAGGACAUGCAGAAAGUGGGAUACAUAUGCUAAAGAAAUCUAUAUCUACCUGUCAAAUGUACAGGAAAGUUUAUGAAAAAUUUGUAAAAAAGAUAGCAACUUCUAUUAGUCCUUAUAGAAUAUGGGAUAUAGAUGAAGAAAUGGUUUUUAAUAGUAUUAAUGCAUUUAUACAAAGAUGUCAUGAUAUUAUCGAAAUUUGUAAUGCACGAAUUAUUUUUGAAAGGUGUGCUAAAGAAGAAACAUUUGGAGGUGCAAAAGGAAUAGAAUAUGAAAAAUGUUGUCAACAAAUUGAAAAUCUAUUUUAUGAUAAUUUGAACAAAAUUAUUGCAAUUCAAGAAAAUAUAUUAAACAUUAAAGAUACUAAUUGCAAUAUAGCUAUACAUAAAUUUAAAAUAGCUAUAAUACAAUUAGAAAAUAUGAUUAAAAAUUUAAUUAACCAUAUUUUUGAAAACAUUAAAAACAUUGAUGAAGGCAUUGAAGCAAUAUAUGCUUUUGAAAGAUUUAAGUAUCGAUCGUGUUUAAAAGAUUUAAUAUAUGAAAAAUGGAUACAGAUGUGGAAAAUAUUAGAUGAAGAAAUAGAAAUUUGCAAUAUAACUAAAAUUAAAGAAAUAGGUGCAUAUCAUCCGCUUAUCAAAUCCUUUUCUAAGUACUUGAAUGUGCAAUAUACAAAAAAAUAUUAUUUAAAAAUGCAAUAUACAAAAAUGAUAAAUGCAUCUUAUUGGUUGGUAAAUUGUGUAGAUGAAAGGUAUUCCCUGGAACGUUAUAACAUUGUAAUAGAUCAGUUAGAAGAUGCUUAUACUAAUAAUAAAAUAAGAAGCUAAUCAAACGAUUUAAAGAAUUCAAUAAAAAUGAAUGCAUAUUAACUAGCAAAACAGUUGAUCAUUUAAAUUUAACAA